GCUGGCACAUCCUGCACAUGUAGCCCGGAACUUAACAAAUAAAAUAAAACAAAAAUAAAAACAAUAUGUGCUUCGAAGGAUUUCUGAAGGAUCAAGUAAAAUAAAGUUUGUGAAAAAGUAAAGUGCUUUACAAAUCUAAAAGAUUAUUAUAAUUACUGAGCAAUGAUCAAGUCAAGCCACUACUGCCUUAAUUUAUCUUCGAUGAGACGUUAUUAUGAUUAUUUUUUAAUUUCAGUGGAUAACAUUGGCUUCAUGGCAGAGAAUGGCACCAUGGUGACAGAAUUUGUUCUGAUGGGGUUCUGGUUGCAGGCAGAGCUGCAGAUAGGUCUUUUCUUUGUGUUUCUGGUCGUUUUUCUCAUCACCAUGGUGGGCAACCUGGGCAUGAUUGUGCUAAUUCAGACUGACCCUCGGCUCCAGACUCCCAUGUACUUCUUCCUCAGUCAUCUUUCCUUCCUGGACAUUUGCUACUCUUCUGUUAUUGUUCCUCAGUUUCUUGAGACUUUGGGAACUGAUAAGAUGGUCAUCAUCUAUGAGCGCUGUGCCAGCCAAUUCUUCUUUUUCACACUCUGUGCUAGCACUGAGUAUUUCCUUUUGGCUGUGAUGGCUUAUGACCGCUACAUGGCUGUGUGUAACCCUCUCCUCUAUGCCAUAGCCAUGACACCACAGACCCACUUGGGGCUGGUGGCUGGGGCAUAUGCUGGUGCCAUAGUCAAUUCUGUGAUCCGCACUGGCUGCACCUUCUCUAUCUACUUCUGUAAGUCCAACCAUGUAGACUUCUUUUUCUGUGACCUCCCACCCCUGCUGAAGCUUGCCUGUAGUGAAACCAGGCCAUGGGAAUGGGUAAUCUACCUCUUAGCUUUUCUGGUGAUCACAACCAGCAUUUCAGUGAUUCUUACGUCAUACUUGUUCAUCAUUCAGGCUAUUCUGAAGAUUCGUACAGCAGGUGGCAAAGCCAAGACCUUCUCCACCUGUGCUUCUCACAUGACUGCAGUGACUCUUUUCUUUGGAACACUCAUAUUCAUAUACCGGAAAGGCGACAUGGGCAAAUCGCUUGAGGAAGACAAGAUUGUGUCAAUAUUUUACACUGUAGUCAUCCCCAUGCUAAAUCCAAUGAUCUACAGCCUGAGAAACAAAGACGUGAAGGAGGCUCUGAAGAAAGUUUUCAAUAGGAUGAGGGUUUCCCAAACAGAGUAACUCUUGAGCUCCGUCAAUCCAGAAGUUUCUGCAAAUCUUACUCUGGGCUUUUGUCUCGUCCUCUUAACACAUGAAUCAGAUCUCAUAAUUACAAAGACAUAUUGAGGGAGAAAAAGUUAGAUCUGGGUUCCAGUACUUUCUUUAUUGGCUCUAUGACCUAGCGCCAGAAAUGAUCCACUUCAGUUUUCUCGUCAGUAGAAUUUCUGCCUUGUUAUGGGUAAAGGUCAAGAGAUCUUCAGCCAGGAUCAAGAGAGAGGGAAUGCCAAAAGGCUUUGUAAAUAGUAACAUGCUAUAAAAUAUGGAUUUUUUUUCUUAUCAUCCUGCAUAUUGUGGAGCAUUUUCUCAGCUAUUUGGAUUUUUUUCUAUUAAGAUCAUUUUUGUGCCUAACAUGAUUACAAAACUGUAACUCAUUGUUUACCUAGUAAGGGGCAGUCACAUUUUUGAUUGUGGAUUGUA